AUAAUAUAGUUUGGGCUUGGUUUGUCAUACACUUUUAGAUUUCAGCGAAGAAAGUCCAACAGCUUUUAACGCAGCACAAUUUUUAAAAAAGAUCAAUAUAUAUUUAUAUACAAUUAUUUAUAUAUCAAAUCUGUUUCACGGUUGAACAACAUUUAACGUUGAAAGAAUUUCAGAACGGAAAAUAUAGUUAUAUAUAUAUUUACAAGAAAUCACGUUACACAGAUAUUAUAGUCAUGGCAAUGGCAGUACCUCCAACAGGAUCUUCUCACCACGCAUUGAUCGCAAACAAUGAAUAUCAAAUUAAAUUGGUCACGCUUCUCAAUGAAUGUUGUGACUACUUACGUGAAAUUUUACAUGAUCCUGCCCGUGGCAACAUGCCAAGGGAUAAGAAACAAUUAUAUCUGUCAUUAAAACAAUAUAAGAAACGUUUAAACCAUUUGAAAAGAGAUCAGCUGGAAAUCGUUUUUCCACAAGAUAAGGAAACAGAUUCGGGAUUGUUUGACAUCACUAUUUUAUGUGACGUUCUAAUUAAUUGUUGUCACGGUAUACAAGCACCAAUUGGUGGAUGGAGGACCAGAACACCGCAACCAAAUGAUUUCAGUGUCGGUGCUGACAUCAUUCGAAUCAGAAAUGAGCGGAAUAUUGUUAUGCAUGGAAGAGCAAUGACUUCAGCACAAUAUAAUCGGUUGUGGAACGCCAUAGAAGGUAUAUUAAGAAGACUCGGAUAUGACAUAACGAAAAUUAGAGAUUUGAAGUCUGGUUGUUUAAAAGACUUGGACUUAUUUAAGAUUGAAAUUAUGAAAGCAGUUACUGAAAUUUUAAAUUUCAAUGUUAACAAAAACCAAGACAAUAUAAAACAAAAUCAAGAUGACAUCAAAGCAAAUAAAGACAGUAUUCAGCAAAACGAAGAUGGUAUUAAACAAAAUCAAGGUGACAUCAAAGCAAAUAAAGAUAGUAUUCAGCAAAACGAAGAUGGUAUUAAACAAAAUCAAGGUGACAUCAAAGCAAAUAAAGACAGUAUUCAGCAAAACGAAGAUGGUAUGAAACAAAAUCAAGAUGACAUCAAAGCAAAUAAAGACAGUAUUCAGCAAAACGAAGAUGGUAUUAAACAAAAUCAAGAUGACAUUAAAGCAAAUAAAGACAAUAUUCUGCAAAACAAAGGUGGUAUUAAAGAGAAUAAAGAGAAUUAUAAUCGAUUAGCAGCCGAAGUGGAAAUAGUAAAGCAAACUAUUUCUUCAUCAUCAUGUGAUCAGAAGAGUUCUCAGUUGGAAGAAACUAUAAAAGAACAACCCAGUUAUAUACUAUUAAAAAAUUUCCGAGGAGAUUUUCUAAUACAAUUUGAAGAUGGCUGCUCCCACUGGUCUAUGAAAAGUGUACAAGUCAUCAUUACUGAAAAUUUUGUGAUAGAAUCAAAAGAACUUCAUGUCGACAACGAUUACAUUGUGGAAGAAGAAGAAGGGACACUAAUCCUGAUUAUUUACAAUCACAUUGCCAAAUCGAUUAAUGGGUUAUCAGUUAAGUUAGUUGACAGUGAAAGUAAAACUCAUUUGAUUUCAAUUGAAGAUAUUGCACUGGUCCGAGCACAUAUGUGUACAACCAGCUAUUUUGAUGUUAGAACCCACAACAGUGGAAGAAUAUCUGAACAGAUAAAAUGCAUUGUAGGAGCAGAAAGAGAAGAAACAAAUAUUGAAUUUAUAUGUGGUGGUAGCCUGCAAACAAUGGAACCUAAGGAGUACGAAGCAUUUGAAAGAGAUUACAUCCAGCGUUAUUUCACCGUCAAUGGUAAAUGCAUGGAAGAACCACUCCAAAUUCCACCCCCAAUGCCAAAAGUCACACAUUCCUUAUUCGCACAAAAGAUAAAGGAUGUUAUAAUCGAAUUACAACCUCGUUUGUUUACAAUAUUUACUCAUUAUAACACAAAGGAACAUAUUCGAUUUCUAAAACUGGAUAAAGAAUUUUCUUUGAGUUUGGAAAGCACAAUUACUGAUAACAAAAGAAUUCUACUUGUGUUGCCAAAUUAUAUCAUCAACAUUAGAUACACAGAAACAACCGACGCAGUAAGAAUACAAGAUGAAGUCAAAGCGGGCGAAGAAGACUUGAAGGAGCUAUCUAUCAUCACUAAAAAACAUCUUAAAAAUGGUCACCUGACAAUGGUUAAUGUUGUAGCUGCACCACAUUUCGAAGAUAUCGAAAAUAUCCACCUUUGUGUAGAUUGCAACUUACUCUCCAAAAAAACUUUGGCUGAGGAUAGAAAUAUGACGAAGUUCUUUUCAAAUAUUUUGCAAAGCUCACAAGUACAAAAUAAUGUUCAGGACAACAAGGAACGGUAUAUCAACAUAGUUGGUAAAGUCAUGUGUUUUAUGGCUACAAGAAAAGCACUCUAUUCUGUUCCUUCACUCAGUAAAAACGUCCACGAACAAAUAAGCUCGUUAAUACUUUCUCCACAGCAACUCCGUCAUUUAUACAACAACUCUUUAAAAAAAAUUAUAAUCGGUCCUCUAGGCAGUGGUAAGACAGUGCUAGCUUUAGCACAUUUGGAAAUAGCUUACGAGCGCUCUAAGAAUAGAUCGGUCAUAUACUACGUUAUUUGGGACGGCAACACAUUGCUUAAACGGGAUAUUGUCAAUCAUACUAAAAGAUUUAAUUACAAAGCCGCUGUCGAAGUUGUUGUAAAGGAUAAUGUCCAGUUAGCUAAGGAUUUGAAAAUGAAUGAAGUGCCAACACCAUACCAGUUAUUAGAGUCAUUGGUUAAGAAACAUGUUGACCAAAACCUGCAUCUAAUAAUUGAUGAAUUAAAUGGAGAGUUAUUUAACAAGGAAGAAUCAUCUUUGCUUAAACACUAUCUGGAAACUAAAGACAAAUUAAAUAACUCUUUCAUCAUUUUUUUCCCACAAUCCAUUGAGAAACAUAGAACAUUAAUUUCACACCAAAGAGUCACAAUACAUGACAAGUACAAGUAUGAAGAAACAGGAAUGAAAGUUUUAAAACUGAACAGAGCAAUGAGAACAACCCGGAUAAUCUUUCAGUUUUUAAAGGCUUUUGAAAAUGAAGUAGAACAAGACAAGGUAACAAUGAAGCUUCCCGAUCAGCAAUCAAAAGAAGGAAUGUCCACCAAAAAAAAUAUCGAAAAAAUACUGAAUUUCUUUUCCAAAAUUUGGAAAAAACAACCACAACAGCAGCAAGAGCCACAACGGCGACAACAACAACAACAGCAGCAGCGGCAGCAGCAACCACCACCACCACCGCAACAACAAGGACAAACUACCAGUAGCAAUGUCACGCCGAUAAUAAAAGGAGAAGAAGAAAGUUUUGAAACACCGGUUGAUAUUGAUGUCGUUGCAGCUUCCAUACCAGAUGGGGAUCUUUCGGGUAAUGUUAGAAUUGACACUUCAUUGAAAUUUAAUACAGCUGAUUCAAUCGGUCAUAAUAUUGAAGGAACAAAACCGUUAUUGAUACAUCCGGCAAAAACUCCAACAACAGACAAAGAGUUUAUACCAAUGUUAGCACUUGUUUUACAAGAUGUAUGUUUACAUCAUGCCACUAAACGUUUGUUCAUAUAUAACACAUUUCCUCAAAAGGAUAUUUUUUACAGAUUACUGAAACUGUUAAAAAUUGAUUUUCUUCGCUACGACAAGUACACUGACUGGAAAGUUUUAAAUUCUGAUGAUAUCACAGUUAAAAAUCCCUUACAGAGUCAAACUUAUAACCUGCUCACUACUAUUGAGGGAAGUCGUGGAGUUGAAGCAGCCGAAUGCAUCUGUAUAAUUGAAAGAAAUGAUUGCAAGUUAAAACAUUUGACGUUAGAAGCAAUGUCCAGAGCAACACAAAAUCUGGUCCUUGUUUCAACGUCCAACGUUUACCAAUCAGAUACAGUAAAAUCAUCAACUGGUCAUAUCAUAAGUAAACUGUUAGCUGAACAUUUGGUUGAAUACAAUGUAGAAGUCUCAAACGAUAAAGAUACGGAAAUACCGUUCACAAAGUCUAUGAAAAGUAACAAUAAAAUAGUUUUUAACAUAAAACCACAAUAUUGGAAAUUCAAAGAAAUGAUAAAAGAUUUGGAACAUGUUGGUUGUCAGGCAACGGAUGAACGCCUAAAUGCGCACGAGAUCGUUAGGAAAAACCUUUAUCCUCCUGGAAAAGUGAGCAAUAUAAUUUGCUCAUAUUUGUCAAGUACAUCAUGUAUAUUGAGAUGGCAACAGCACGCUAAUAAAUACACCGUUAGUAGACAAGAAAGUAAAAGUUUAACCUGGAAUAACUUAGCAACUGACAUUUCUUGCAAUCAAUACAUCGUUGAUGACAUGGAAAUUGGUGAAACGUGCAAGUUUUGUGUUGUUGCUAAAAAUCAUCUUGGUAUAUCUGAUGACAGCAUUGUGUCUUAUCGUCACGACCUUUAUCCUCCUGGAAAAGUGAGCAAUAUAAUUUGCUCAUAUUUGUCAAGUACAUCAUGUAUAUUGAGAUGGCAACAGCACGCUAAUAAAUACACCGUUAGUAGACAAGAAAGUAAAAGUUUAACCUGGAAUAACUUAGCAACUGACAUUUCUUGCAAUCAAUACAUCGUUGAUGACAUGGAAAUUGGUGAAACGUGCAAGUUUUGUGUUGUUGCUAAAAAUCAUCUUGGUAUAUCUGAUGACAGCAUUGUGUCUUAUCGUCACGAACGUCCAAACGUCAUGGGUGUCCAAUUUGAAGAUAUCGUGGAAAUUAUUGAAUCUAACGAUAUCGAGAAACUGCAAAAAUUACUAUCCAUUCAUCCAAACAUCGUUCACAUGAGAGAUGAUCAUGAGUUCACACCAUUGUUGUGGACAGUAUGUUGCACCAACAAUACAUCAAUGGUGGAAAUACUCAUCUCAUAUGGGAGUGAUGUUUGGGCGGAAGAUAGAUUGAAACAAAACAGUUAUCAUUUUGCUGCAUCAGAAGAUCGUCACACAAUAUUAGAUAUGUUAUGUCGACAUGAUGUAACAAACAUCAACCGUGGAAAUGUUAACAACCGCACACCAUUAUAUCUUGCUGCAAGGAAGGGUUACAUCUCAUGUGUUGAUGUUUUGUUGCGUCAUGAAAAUAUUGAUGUGACGAUCGAAGAUGAAUAUGGAAACACAGCUUAUGAUGUUGUUGGAUGGAUAAAUAAACAAAUCCGGGAAAUAAUAAGACGAAAAAUAAAAGAAUACGAAGACAGGACGAAGUAAAUAUUUCAAAUGAUUUUGUUUUGAAAAACAACAAUCAGUUUGUGAGAUGAGGAACGAGUCCAUUUUUUAGUUUUAUUUUAUAUUGUAAUAAAUUUAUUUGUAGUAAAACGUACUGAAACAUUUUUCUGUUCGAUUUUUAUCAAGCCUUGUUUCGUUUAUAUUUCAUUCAGGAAGCGACACAUGUCAAAGGUCACGUGUUUUUAUAAACUGUCUCAAACUUGCCGCAUGGUGCAAUGUAGAGUAAAUCUUAUUUAUUACAAACGUCAACUGAUAUACUUUCUCAACCUCGUCCCCAAGUCUUGUUAGGCCUUUAUAUUUUGAAGGCCCUGGCUGGUCACGUGACGACAGAAUACCCACGUAUAGUGGGUAUUUUGAAAAUAAUUAUUUGUCUCGCUCUUCCAAAAUAUACACAAGCAGUCGAGAAAAAAAUGAAAGAACUGACACAAUUAUUUAGAAUGGUUAAAAUAAUAUUAAUAAGAAAAAAAUUAUAUAUAUUUUUAUAUAAAUAUUUUUAUAUAAAUAUUUUUAUAUUGUAAAAAAUAUUUUUAUUUAUUUAUAAUAAUAUUAUUUAAUGUUUAAAAGAACUGUUAAUAAAUAUUGUAUAAUAUAUUAAACAUUCACACUUG